AUGGGCCCAAAAGCAAAGGGCGGCGCCCGUGGAGGACCGAAGCCUGGGACCAAACAGGCAAAAGCCGCCGCCGAACGGUCUCAGAAUGCGAGCACGCCGCAGAACGAAUCCGAUGCUCCCAAAAAGCCUACUGCGAAGGAAGUGAUCGCUGGUGCAUCAUGGACGGGAAAACUUCCGGUGAACCUGCUCUCAGAGCAUUGCCAGAGACAGAAGUGGGAGAAGCCAGAAUAUACCAUGGACAAAACCGCAGAAGGGUUUGUUUCGUCCGUCAUACUAAGAAAGGUUGAUCCCAAGACAAGGGAAUUGAUCACUCUUCCUCCAAUGAAACUUCCUCCAUCGCACAAGCAUCUCGCUGUCCAACCCUCCGCGCUCGAAGCUCGCCAUUUUGCGGCCGCAUAUGCCCUGUUCCGCGUCUGCAAUAUGCAAAAUCUACAUACGGUGAUGCCGCCUACCUAUAGGAAGCUAUGGAAGGAGGAUUUCAUGGAACUCAAGAAUGCAGCCAUAAAGGAAGGUAAAGGCUGGAUGUAUGAAGCGGACCCAUUUCUGGCCAAAAAACAGCAGGAGAGCGCCGCGGCAGAACUCGAGAAGAAGGAAGCGGAGCGCAGAAAAGCGCAAGAGAAAGCAAAAGAAAGCGCCAUCGACUUGGGACUGGGGACUGGCGGUGAUACAAAAGGAGGGAAAAUCUGGUCUCACGCACCCAAGGUGGACAUGGGAACCAGAAUGCGGCGGGAUAUUGAAGAGCUUUUGCGACAACACGCGAUCUGGAAUCCCUAUGGCGUUCAGAUUCCCGAGGAAAAGCGUAAAGAAAUUGUCGACGAAUUUGUUCGGUUGGGUUUUCGCCGCAGCCAUGUCGAAGAAGCCGUCAUGGAAUGUAAGGACCGCGAAGAGGUGCUGGAAUGGCUCCUGCUAUAUGUUCCUGAAGACGACCUUCCCCGCUGGAGUUUUCCAGAAGGUUACUCGGCAGGUGUUAGUCUUGCAAGUGGUGAUCUUGUGCGAGAAUCUAAAAUCAAAAGGCUGGCCGCGGCCGGCUAUCCGGCCGAUCUGUGUGCUCAAGUUCUGGACAAGCAAAGUGGGGAUGAAGGUCUGGCCGCAGAGUAUCUGCAAAACACCCUUGUGCAUGGCACACAAACACAUUCCCCAGGCGUCUCUACCGAGCACGAUGAUGCAUGGGAGGAGGAACAGCCCACGUUGGAGGCCAUCUUUGGUGACCGUUACAAGCGACUGUCUCCUACAGUGUGUGAGAUCAAAGGAGAAAUUUCCAACAUCUCAGAGACAGUCGCAUUCCGAUUCCAAAAGCCCUCCGGUAACUAUCCUUCAACGCCUCCAAUUACUUCAGUAUUGGCGAAGGGCCUUCCUGCAUACAUCCGUUUAAGUGCAACCCGCCGAGCUGCACAGUAUGCUGAAGAGAACCUUCUUGGUCAGCCAAUGAUCUUCAAUAUAAUAGAUUGGUUGGAAACCAACUUGCCUGGGAUAUUGGAAAAUCCAGGCAAGUUACGUGAUAUUUCUCCGCUUGCCACGCCCCUGCAGAGUUCCAAAGCAACUUCCCAACUCCCGAUAAGACCCGGGCGCAAGCAGCCAAAGAGUGUUGACCUGCGGCCUGGUUCGGCCGAUAGCAUAUCUGUCCGUAAAGCAUGGGAAGAGAAACAGGCUACGGCUGCCCAGAAAGAGAUGAACCGGAAAAGAGAGUCGUUACCCGCUUGGGCCAUGCAGGAUGCCAUCAUCGAUGCCGUCAACUCGCACCAAGUGACUAUCAUAUCUGGCGAAACAGGAAGCGGAAAGAGUACUCAGUCAGUGCAGUUCUUGCUGGAUGAUAUGAUUAAGCGUGAUCUUGGGGGUGUAGUCAACAUUGUGUGCACACAACCUAGGAGGAUAUCCGCUCUCGGCCUUGCGGACCGUGUUAGCGACGAACGAUGUUCUUCUGUUGGCGAUGAGAUUGGUUAUGUGAUACGAGGCGACUCGAAAGUCAAACCUGGUAUAACGAAGAUUACAUUCAUGACUACUGGAGUUUUGCUUCGCCGAAUGCAAACGGGGCAGGGUCCCGAUGACGAUAUCGCCUCCUCCCUCGCGGAUAUCACCCAUGUUGUGGUGGAUGAGGUGCACGAGCGCAGCCUCGACACUGAUUUCCUCCUUGCCCUCCUCAGAGACGUUUUGAAGUAUCGCAAGGACCUCAAGGUGGUCCUGAUGAGCGCCACAUUAGAUGCAGAUGUUUUCACUGAAUAUUUUGGCGGGCAUGACCGUGUUGGUCGGGUCAACAUUCCUGGAAGGACAUUUCCUGUCGAAGACUACUAUCUUGACGAUGUGAUACGGUUGACAGGGUUCAGUCCAGCAUCAUCACAGGCUGCUUUGGACGAAGAACCAGAUAUGAGUGUCACUCCCAAAGAGGAUUCUUUAGGGAAAACCCUGCGCAAUCUUGGUAUGAGUAUCAAUUAUGAUCUGAUCGCCUCUACCGUUCGAUACAUCGACUCGCAACUUGGAAAUGAACCUGGCGGAAUCUUGAUCUUCUUGCCUGGUACUAUGGAGAUUGAUCGGUGUCUGGCUUCGCUGAAGACGAUACCAAAUGUGCACGCCUUACCGUUACACGCUUCUCUACUUCCAGCAGAGCAAAGGCGUGUUUUCCUAGCACCUCCGAAGGGCAAACGGAAAGUCAUUGCGGCCACAAACGUUGCUGAGACAUCCAUCACAAUUGAAGACAUCGUCGCCGUCAUUGACACUGGCCGAGUAAAGGAAACCAGCUAUGAUCCCAAAGACAACGUGGUGAGGCUACAAGAAGUAUGGGCCUCCCAAGCAGCUUGCAAGCAACGACGUGGUCGAGCCGGUCGUGUAAGGGCGGGAACAUGCUACAAGCUAUACACCAGGACCGCAGAAUCCAACAUGGCUGCGCGACCGGAGCCUGAAAUCCGACGAGUUCCUCUCGAGCAGCUCUGCCUGUCUGUCCUGUCCAUGAGGGGCAUACAGGACGCUGCUUCCUUCCUCUCGAAGACCUUAACGCCCCCUGAGAGCGUUGCUGUCGAAGGAGCUCUGGAACUUUUGCAUCGCAUUGGUGCCUUGGAUAACCAGAAACUGACCGCUCUUGGACGGUACUUGUCUAUGAUCCCCGCUGAUUUGCGCUGCGCCAAAUUAAUGGUAUACGGCUCAAUCUUUGGUUGCAUAGACGCGUGUGUCACCAUUGCCGCGAUUCUCACAGUGAAGAGCCCCUUUGUUUCACCUCGCGACAAGCGUGACGAGGCAGCAGCAGCCAGGGCGGCCUUCUCCAAAGGCGAUGGUGACCUGAUCACCGAUCUCUCGGCCUAUCAACAGUGGGCAGAACGGGUGAGGAGCCAGGGCUACUGGCAGACGCAAUCGUGGUGUUCGGACAAUUUCCUCUCCCACCACACCCUCCGGGAUAUCUCUUCCAACCGAGCACAAUUCUUAACCUCGUUGAAAGAUGCCGGCAUACUCCCUGUGGACUAUAAGGACCCGACGACGAGUAGUUCCGCAUCCACGCCCCCAAGCCGCUGGGAUCGCAAUGGAAAUAACACACGGCUCCUCCGGGCAUUGAUCGCGGGGGCAUUCAACCCGCAAAUCGCCCAGAUCAGUUUCCCAGACAAGAAAUUCGCCGCUUCGAUGACGGGGACUGUCGAGCUCGAUUCCGACGCUCGUACGAUCAAGUAUUUCAACCAGGAAAACGGUCGUGUCUUUAUCCACCCCAGCUCCAGCCUGUUCUCUGCGCAAAACUAUUCCGGAGGGGCCGCUUACCUGAGCUACUUUGCUAAGAUGGCGACGAGCAAAGUCUUCAUACGGGAGCUGACACCCUUCAACGCCUACUCCUUACUCCUCUUUGCCGGCCCAAUCGCCCUCGACACCAUGGGCCGAGGCCUCAUCGUCGACAACUGGCUGCGGCUCCGCGGCUGGGCGCGCAUCGGGGUACUCAUCUCGCGACUGCGCAUGAUGCUCGAUGCUGUCCUGGCGGCCAGGAUCGACAACCCUUUGGGUCAUGACGAUAAUACUAAUAAUAAUGGCGCUAGGAUCCUUGAGGCUAAAGUUAUCGAUAUUGUCAAGAGAUUGGUGGAACUUAACGGGUUGGAUCAAUAG